GGUCCGUCCGUCCGUCCCGCGUCCCGCGCUGCAGGGAGCGCUCAGUAAGUAGGAGCGAAUGAAGGAGGCGGAUGGAGCGCUGAGCGCGCGCGGGGGGGCAGCGGACUGAGCGGUGGGGAGGCGGGCCGGGGCCUCCGCCAUGAGCCUGGUGGGGGGCUUCCCCCCGGGCCCGGUGGUCCACCACGAGGGCUACCCUUUCGCCGCCGCCGCCGCCGCCGCCGCCGCCGCCGCCGCAGCCGCCGCAGCCGCCGCGGCGGCCGGGCGGUGCGGCCCCGAGGAGAGCCCCUACUUCCACGGCUGGCUGCUGGGGCACCCGGACGUGUCCCCCCCCGACUACGGCAUGGCCCUGUCCUACAGCCCCGAGUACGGCAGCGCGGCCGGGCUGGACCACUCCCACUACGGGGGGGGCGGAGCGGGCGGCGGCGGCGGCGGCGCGGGCUGCGGGCCGGCCGGAGGGGGCGCUGCGGCGGGCCCGGCGGUCCCCGGCGGGCCCCGGCCGGUGAAGAGGCGCGGCACCGCCAACCGCAAGGAGCGGCGCAGGACUCAGAGCAUCAACAGCGCCUUCGCCGAGCUGCGGGAGUGCAUCCCCAACGUGCCCGCCGACACCAAGCUCUCCAAGAUCAAGACCCUGCGCCUGGCCACCAGCUACAUCGCCUACCUCAUGGACCUGCUGGCCAAGGAUGACCAGAACGGGGAGGCGGAGGCCUUCAAGGCCGAGAUCAAGAAGACCGACGUGAAGGAGGAGAAGAGGAAGAAGGAGCUGAACGAAAUCUUGAAAACCACAGUGAGCAGCAACGAUAAGAAAACGAAAGGCAGGACUGGCUGGCCGCAGCAUGUGUGGGCCCUGGAACUCAAGCAAUGAGAAGAGAGAGAGAGGAGAGAGGGAGAGAGAAAGAAAAAGCGAGAGGGAGAGAGUGUGUGCGGAUCCGGGCUUCCCGGUUGGAUGAAGGACUCGAGAAACCCUCUCUCUCUCUCUCUCUCCGAAGCUCUGCGGCCGUCUCCUCCGAGGACUUUAUGUUUGGGGAAUCGUCCAGUUUAUUUAUGUGCAAUUUUCCCUUACCUCUUUCCUUCCCCUUCGAAGCUCCCUCCGCCCUCUCCACCCACCCCCCGACCUUAAAAAAUGUGGAUAUUUGAAGAAAAGCAUUCCGUGUUUUACUAUGAAGAGGAGACUCCAGCGUGGUAAGGGGUUCUGUCGCCUCGGUUUUAUUUUUUAUUUCUUGUGAAUGUUCUCUCUCUGUCUGUAUAGGACACGCGGCAACAGCAAUCCAACAUGUCCAACCUAACCCAGCUAAAAAAAAAAAAAGACACCUGGCAUUAGUGUGUAUGUGAAGUGUAUCUUUAAUCCUUGGGCCUUUUGGAUAUAAAUAAUCCUGGGGAGUAUAAAGUCCUAUUGCAAAAAUAGAUAAAGGAGGGGGUUGUCCGCCUCCGUCGCAGAUAUGGUAUCUAGCGAUUUGUGGUCGUUCCGUAUUUGAAGAUGUUUUCAGCGGCUAUUGUUCUGUGCACUUCCGUCCUCUAAAAAAAAAGUGGAGUUUAAUUAAUAUUGAAGGUGUAAACGUUGUAAGUAUUCAAUAAACCACUGAGUGUUUUUUUA